AUGCUUUCUUCUCGCAUUUCUCGCGCGCUUCCGCGUGCUGCUUUUGCUCGCACCCCUGCUUCAAGAGUCCCCGGCGCUGCUUUCCGCCGAUGGAACUCAACUGCAGGCGGCGAGGAAAAGGUGAAGGGCCAGGUCAUCGGUAUCGAUCUUGGUACCACCAACUCGGCUGUUGCUGUCAUGGAGGGAAAGUCUCCUAAGAUUAUUGAGAACUCAGAAGGUGCCCGCACAACUCCUUCAGUCGUUGGUUUCGCCCAGGAUGGUGAGCGUCUUGUCGGUAUUGCUGCCAAGCGUCAGGCCGUGGUGAACCCCGAGAACACCCUGUUCGCUACCAAGCGUUUGAUUGGUCGCAAGUACACCGACGCUGAGGUUCAGCGCGAUAUCAAGGAGGUUCCUUACAAGAUCGUGCAGCACAGCAACGGCGAUGCCUGGGUCGAGGCCCGUGGCCAGAAGUACUCCCCUUCCCAGAUUGGUGGAUUCAUCCUGAACAAGAUGAAGGAGACCGCUGAGAACUAUCUGAGCAAGCCCGUGAAGAACGCCGUUGUGACCGUUCCUGCCUACUUCAACGAUUCCCAGCGUCAGGCUACCAAGGAUGCUGGUCAGAUUGCUGGCCUGAAUGUUCUCCGUGUCGUUAAUGAGCCUACCGCCGCCGCCCUCGCUUACGGUAUGGAGAAGGAGGCCGAUCGUGUGGUUGCCGUCUACGAUCUGGGUGGUGGUACCUUCGAUAUCUCCGUUCUGGAGAUCCAGAAGGGUGUUUUCGAGGUGAAGUCUACCAACGGUGACACCCACCUUGGUGGUGAGGACUUCGAUAUCACCCUGGUUCGCCACAUUGUCGAGGCUUUCAAGAAGGAGUCCGGCAUGGACCUCUCCGGUGACCGUAUGGCCAUCCAGCGUAUCCGUGAGGCCGCUGAGAAGGCCAAGAUUGAGCUUUCUUCUUCCCUCCAGACCGAGAUCUCUCUCCCCUUCAUCUCCGCCGAUGCCUCGGGUGCUAAGCACAUCAACCACAAGAUGACCCGUGCUCAGCUCGAGUCUCUGGUUGACCCUCUGAUCAGCCGUACCACUGAGCCCGUCCGCAAGGCUCUUAAGGAUGCCAACCUUCAGUCCAGCGACAUCCAGGAUAUCAUCCUGGUCGGUGGUAUGACUCGUAUGCCCAAGGUCACCGAGUCCGUCAAGGCCAUGUUCGGCCGUGAGCCCGCCAAGUCCGUCAACCCCGACGAGGCUGUUGCUAUUGGUGCCGCCAUCCAAGGUGCUGUCCUUGCCGGUGAGGUUACCGACGUUCUGCUGCUCGAUGUCACUCCUCUCUCCCUCGGUAUCGAGACCCUCGGCGGUGUCUUCACCCGUCUGAUUAACCGCAACACCACUAUCCCUACCAAGAAGUCUCAGACCUUCUCCACCGCUGCCGACAUGCAGACCGCCGUCGAGAUCAAGGUGUUCCAGGGUGAGCGUGAGCUUGUCAAGGACAACAAGCUGUUGGGUAACUUCCAGCUUGUUGGCAUUCCUCCUGCCCACCGCGGUGUUCCUCAGAUCGAGGUCACCUUCGACAUUGACGCUGAUUCCAUUGUCCACGUCAACGCCAAGGACAAGUCUACCAACAAGGACCAGUCCAUCACCAUCGCCUCCGGCUCUGGUCUCUCCGACGCUGAGAUUCAGUCCAUGGUUGAGGAUGCUGAGAAGUAUGGCGAGCAAGACAAGGAGCGCAAGCUUGCCAUUGAGGCUGCCAACCGUGCUGACGGAGUCCUGAACGACACCGAGAAGGCCCUCAAGGACUUCGAGGACCGUCUCGACAAGGCUGAGGCUGACUCCAUCCGUGAGAAGAUUGCCUCCCUCCGCGAGUUCGUUGCCAAGAACCAGUCUGGCGAGGGCACUGCUACCGCUGAGGAGCUCAAAGCCAAGACUGACGAGCUCCAGACCGCCAGUCUGACUCUGUUCGACAAGAUGCACAAGGCUCAGAGCGAGCAGCAGCAGCAGCAGCCUGGUGGUGAGCAGCAGGGCGAGAACAAGCAGUAA